AAAAUUUGCCCCAUAAUAUUUCUAUCGACAAAUAUUUUUAUUAUAUUCUCUUGUAUAUUUUUCUUAUAUAUUUUAGGAGAUAUUGUUGGUAAAAUCUUGACACAAAGCAAAAUGGAUUGUUAAUAUUGAAUGGAGGGAGUAGUUGAUUUUUUAGGGGAAAAAAUCUAAUUUUUGAUGAGGCAGGUCAUAAAAUCUGGAAGUUCAUUUGUGUUUAAAGAUGAUCCAAGUAUACAAUUGAUUGCCCGAGCUCACAAGAUGAGUAAGAGCAGGGGAAAUGUCAUAAAUCCAGAUGAUGUUGUUUUAGAGUAUGGUGCGGAUUCUCUUCGCUUGUAUGAAAUGUUUAUGGGGCCAUUGAGAGAGUCAAAACAGUGGAGUACAAGUGGCAUUGAAGGUGUUCAUCGUUUUCUAGCAAGAGUUUGGAGAUUGAUAAUCGGCCCACCUUUACCCAAUGGUACAUUUCAGGAUGGAACUGCAACUGUCAAUGAGAAGCCCACAAUAGAUCAGUACCGUUGUCUCCAUCGCACCAUUGAAAAGGUAACAGAAGAAAUUGAAGGAACACGGUUCAACACCGGAAUUUCUGCAAUGAUGGAGUUCAUUAACAUUGCAUAUAAGUGGGACAGACUCCCAUUGUCAGUAAUUGAACCAUUUGUUCUGCUUCUUUCACCAUAUGCGCCUCACAUGUCUGAGGAGCUCUGGUGUCGCCUGGGACACACCGAAUCUUUGGCAUAUGAACCUUUCCCUAAGGCUGAUCCUGCUUACUUGAAGGACGCCACAUUGGUUCUCGCGGUCCAAAUCAAUGGGAAGACGAGGGGGACCAUAGAGGUCGAAGAAGGAUGCUCCGAAGAAGAUGCUUUCAGGUUAGCUUCACUUGACUCCAAGUUGUCCAGGUUUCUUGAUGGGAUUACUGUUAGAAAAAGGAUUUAUGUUCCUGGUAAAGUCUUGAAUGUCGUUGUAGAGGCCCCCAAGAAGGCCAAUGUGGUCGGGCAAUAGUUCGACUAUAUUAUGUCUUCAAUGUAUUUUUGUCACUCCCUUUAGAAGAAAAUCUUUGAAUCUGAUGGGGCAACAUUUUAAAAUAUUGACAGUACUUGUUACAAUGUCUAGGAAUGGUCUUGCCCCCACAAGAAUUGACAAAGUAAAACUAAUUUAAUUUG